AUGGUUUUCGUGGACAAAUUCUCCGACAUUGUCAACAAAGGGAGGGAAUGUUUUGAAUUAAAUAAAGGAAACGUAUUGAUUGUCCAGAAAUAUGAUGAAGAAUGGAGCGAGUACAUAGAUUGUGACAGUUUUGCCCAGAUUAAUACUGGUGAUAAACUUAAAAUAAUUUUGAACCAAACCUGCCGAUCUGAUGAUGGUCAAGAUACAUCUGUAGUAAGUAACUACACUUUUCCUCAACACUAUCAACUCAUGCAAUUUGAACAUUCAAAGCCAUUUUUAUAUUACUUAUGCAUUCUUUAAAUAGGAUAUAUUGGUUCGAAUUACAUGUAUUAAUUGUUAAAUAUUGUCAAUGAUGUAGCGACAACAGACCAAGGAGGUUGCAACAUAAUGGAUUUGCAUAAAUCCUGUAAAUGUUCAGGCCAACAACUCUGCAUGGGGGAGUGGCUCUAGCUAUGUCUCUAAAUGUUUAUAUAAAAAAAAGAAAUGGCAUUUAUAUCUAAGCAAAAAAAAUGGCAAAUAAAUAAAGAAAUGGCAUUUAUAUUUAUAUUUAUAUCUACUGUUGUGGUGACCCUGCCAUGAAUGCAUGACAAUGGCGAAGUUAAAUAAUUAAAUAAAUAAAUAAAUAAGCUGUAUAAAAUGGUGAUGUGACCUCUUUUAGAAAAUAUUUGAUAUGCUGCAGAUACUGAAAGAAUUUGUAGACUAAACCCAUUAACUGCCAGUACCCUGCUACUGAAGAGUAAAAUCAUUAAUUGUUUUUGUUUGUGGAAACACCACGUAAAUUUAUUACUGCAAAGCUUUCGAUCCGUAAGCCCGGAUCUUCAUCAGUGCUAAUAAUAUGUGACUUGUUUAAUUCACACGCUCCUUUUAUAUACAAGAGUGUCGUGAUCUGUUGGCUCGCGUCAUUUGAAAUUUAAUUAAACGGCACAUCAACCACGUCAUUUCAAACGUAGUGAAGUGAUUCCAAUUAACGCGCGCGCAUCCAAGACACAGAAUAGGAAGUUAUACCAGAAGCGUAACUCUAGUCGUUUCCCUUAUUGUUUGACGUCCACGAAAAUUUUAACUCGCCCACGUCAGGCCACGCCAUCCUGGCUAGUACAGCCGGAAGUUUUUAUCAGGAUUUGGUAGGUACAAAGUGCCGGUUGUACUAGCCAGGAUGGCGUGGCCUGACGUGAGCGAGUUAAAAAUUUUCGUGGACGUCAAACAAUAAGGGAAACGACUAGAGUUACGCUUCUGGUAUAACUUCCUAUUCUGUGUCCAAGACAAGAGAAAUUAAUUUUGCACAUUAAAGAGAGCACGCCACGUACUAUCUAGUGGCUUUCCCUCCUGAUCUAUAGUAUUGUGCUUCUCGAUUUCAAUUGACUCUCUCAUUUUGCGAGAGAACUUAUGAUUAUCAAUCGCCAAAAUGGUUGCCUCGUCCCAUUUUAUACGAUGGUCGUAAGUCCAAGUAUGUUUAGCCACAGCAGAUUUAUCUUGUUCGGCUUUCUCGCAAUUCAUCUUGUGUUCCUUAAGACGUACUGAGAGAUUUCGACCAGUUUCACCAAUGUAAACCAGACCACAUUCACAAGGAAUGCGGUACACACCAGGUUUCUGAGAUUCAUUUACGUUGUCCUUAUGUGUGCAAAGAGCUCGAAACAAUUUGUUUUCGCUGGAAUGGUAUACCUUUAUACCUGCUUCAUUCCUCAAAAUUCUUUCGAUUUUGUGUGAAGCCGGACCAAUGUAAGGUAGACAAACAGACGACUGAUAUUCAAUUUUCUGCUGUAUACUUUGUGGCGUUUUCAUAGCAUUAUCUAUGAAAUGCCGUGGGCAACCAUUCAUUUUUAGAACAUUUCUUAAAUGUUCUAAUUCAUCGUCAAUGUUACUUACCUCACAAAUUGUUUUCGCUCGGUUGAUGAGUGUCUUGCACGAGCCAACAGAUCACGACACUCUUGUAUAUAAAAGGAGCGUGUGAAUUAAACAAGUCACAUAUUAUUAGCACUGAUGAAGAUCCGGGCUUACGGAUCGAAAGCUUUGCAGUAAUAAAUUUACGUGGUGUUUCCACAAACAAAAACAAUUAUAUUUUAUCGCCAUGCAAACAUUCAAAGAACUUAGUAAAAUCAUUGUUUAUUUAUAGCCAAUUAAAGUAAAACAGGCUGGCGUUGGGCAGAGUAAAAUACAAUAGAAGGGCAUAUCUGCCUCAUUGCCAUAUGGGAUAUAAUCAUGCACUACGCAGGGUUUGGGAGAAAGGGAAUUAUAAUUGUUUCACAAUACUAAUCUGUAUUUUAACAGAAUGACUCCACAAAGAGGGACUUACCCAAAGAGAAGGUUCGACAAGUAUUCAAAGGCCAAAAGAAAAGAAAACUAUCAACAAAGGGUGAAAUGAUCCUUGAGCCUUUACAAGAGCAGGUAAAUUAAGUUAACACACACAUGAUAUACUUUGAUAUUCAUAAAAAAAUGAUUUGGUGCUGGAAAUUGUAUUUUUCCACUAUUAAAUUCUUUCCAAUGUAAAAUGAGGCACCCAAAUUAAAACUAUACAAUUUGUAUGACAAAUUACUAUAAUUGAACUAUGAACAUUGAGCUAUACAGGUAUAUCCAGAAAAUAUGUUGUUUUGAGCAUGUGAAUACAUUCAUUCAUUCAGACAUUUUUCAGGAUAUUGUGAACCUUCAAGCUCAGACAGAACGUGAGUCAAUACAAAGAGGGCAAAUAUAUCAAAGACCAGAACAUUUACUAAAGCCAUAUGAAAAGGCAAUAAAUGCUGCAUCAGAAGAAUUGGUAACUAUGAAUCCAUCAUUGAUAUUUGAUAGAAGUGCAUUGUUUGAACAGGCCCGAGAAAACGUUAGGGAACGUGGAUAUUUUUUCAAAAAAGGCUUUUCAAGCAGCAAACAUAAUCAAACAGAACCGCCCAGUUCAAAACCAAAGAAUACUUUAUCUGAUGAUAGAAAAAACAGAAUUCUUAAGAUCACAGAACAACUUCAAGUAAUAAAUGACCAAAUCGUGGUUAAAGAGAAGCGCAAAUUGAAAGCAGAGCAAGUGAAAGAUUAUCAAUUGUGUGAUAGAUUGCUAAAUGAAAAGAAACAACUUUUAUCUGAAAAGCAAACUCUGGAGUCUGAAAUAAAAUUAUUACAACGUAAAGAGCACAAAUCAGCUUG